ACUGCGGGAAGCGGAAAAGAGUCUCGGGCCGGCAUGGCGGGCGUGCGGCGGUGUCUCCUUCUGUUCUUCUUUCUCUUCCAAAUGGCCGCCUUCGGAGCUUCGGCGCCGCUGGAGCCCGGCAGAGAAGAAGGAGAAGGAGAAGGAGGAGCAGUUGGCGGCGCGGAGGUGGAGAAGACGGAGGAGACCCCAAAAGAAGGCUCAGUAUUCAUAUCACAUGAUGGCUCUUCAACUCUCAUCAAGCCUUCAGAAUCCAGAACGUCCCCAUCUGAAGAAAUUUCACUAGGUUCUCCCCCAAAGACCGAUGAAACGGAAGCCAAGGAAGGUCAGAAAACAAAUAAAUUAAAAAAUGUAGAACAGAAUCCAGAGCUUAGUAGACAUCAGGAAAGUGGGAUUUUGCAGGAUAAGGCUGAUUCACAGAUUUCAGAUGAAAAGCCAGAUCCUAAGAAACUGGAGCCCUUGCCACCUGCUGCUGAUAGCAACCAAAUUCAUACAUCUGAAUUAGAUUCUGCUGCGCUAAAGCCACAUCUUAAUGAAGCGGAAAAAGGAGAGGACUUGCCACUGAAGCCGGAAAGCCCACCUGAUGUACAAGUUUCAAAUUCUCUUUCCAAAAAAUCAGAUCUUGAAAAAGUCAAGGAAACUCCCAAAAAGCACCUGUCUGAUGCACCUGUUUCAGAUUCUACUUCCAAACAAUUAGAUCCCAAAGUAAAGGAAACUCCCAAAAGCCUUCCACCUGCUGUAACUGUUGCAGAUUCUACUUCCAAAAAAUCUGAUUCUAAAGAAUUCAAGGAACAUCCUAAAGACGUUCCAUCUGAUGUAUCUGUUUCAAAUACUCUUCCCAAAAAACCAGAUCUUAAAGGAGUCAAGGAAACUCAGAAUGUACCACUUUCAGAUGGAAAUAAAGCCGACCAAAAUGGGAUCCUAACAAAGUUGAAGCCUUCUCAACCUGCUGAAACUGUAUCAGGUUCUCCUGAAAAGUCAGUUCAAAAUGGGAAAUUGCCAACUACUGUAGAAAACAACCUAUCUGAUAUUUCUGUCCCUAAAGAUGAGGAUGAUGAGGAUGAUGGCAUGGAGGAGGAUGAAUUGAUGGGCGAUGGUAAGGUAGGAGAGGAGAUUGCAGGAGCUUCUCCGUCUGAGAAGGAGGAAGCAAAGAGCUCGCCAGCUGGUCCAGCCCCCAAAAAUGAAUCGGAAAAUAGCCAUUUCUUUGCCUACUUGGUGACCACAGCUAUUGUUGUUGCUGCACUAUACAUUGCUUAUCACAAUAAGAGGAAGAUCAUUGCCUUUGCACUAGAAGGGAAAAAAUCCAAGGUAAUCCGAAGACCAAAAUCCAGUGACUAUCAGCGACUAGAUCAAAAGAUCUAAGGCAAACCCAGAAGUUCCAGCCUAUUGACUGGUUCAAUGUGGACUUGUCCUGAAAAUGAGCCUGCAGAAACCUGAGCAGUGUUCUGCCUUGAUGCCUCUCGGCUGUGCUGAGCGGGAGGGAAGAACAGAAAUGCUCCUAAUUGUGCACAUGCACUUUGGUAAAGUCCUCAGCUGUUUGUACCCCUUUCAUGUUCUUGAGACCUGCAUUGUUUUCUCCCCAAUUAUGACGGAAGAGCCAGUGAGGAAGCUUACUGUAUCUCUGUCCACCCAUUCAAGUAAUGUGAAACUUAACUGGCUGUAUAGACCUGAGAGUUGUACUUAGGGGGUUCUUGUCUGUUGACCAAGCAUAUUUGCUUUAAUUCCUAAGGGGCCCUGUACUUCUUUCAUAGUUGAUGCAGCAUGUAUGAGUAGACAUGAAGGAAGGCUGUGGAUUGUCCGUUAUAUUGAAACAGCUCCCUUUUUGAUCCAUUGCACUAGCUGAAGGUUGGUUUGCUGGGCGUACCUAUUAAAUGUCUUUCUGUCUGUAGGUGGUAAUAUUGAAAAAUGAUCUCAAGAUAUAUCAGGACAGACGUGGAGGAAUCACCAUACUCUGUUUUGUUAAAUUUAUGGCCCAUUUCUGACAUUUAGACCAAAGAUAAAAUAAUUGGAUCUCUACUGUUUGAAGGGAUUAGGGAAUGUUUUUAUCUGCUUUUCUCUGUUCCACUCUGUGCCAGGCUUCUUUGGAAAGAAUCUUAACAAAUGUAUUGGUCACUAUAAUGUAAUGUCCUGUUAAAGAUGCUCCAAGAGUAUGGCAGUGGAGCUGAGGCUUCCUCAACCACCUGAUGUCAUAAUAUUAUGAUGGAAAUAUAUACUCUCACAUCUUUUUGAACUGUUUAAGAGCACUUGCUUCUUUGUAUUGUCAGCUCACCAUUCUACCACUAAAUAGACUUUUUCUCUUCAACCCAAGAAUAUGAUUACAACUGUAGACAUCUAAUCUUUGUUCACUUCAGAAUUCUGAUUUAGGACAUCUCUUUAAGUGUGAAGGGCACUUGAGUAGUAUUAGAGAACAUUGUUCACAAAUGCACUGUAGAAAAUGACAGUUCUGGACUGUAUGUGUUGGUGCACAUGUAUAUGUGUUGCAUAGUAACAAUUUAAUAUUUGUCUGAAAUCUGACCCAGGAGCCAGUGUCCUCAAAGGGCCCUAUAAUUCCAGUGCAAAACAACCUGUUUGGUUGUUGAUUUAAGUGUGUGGUGGUCUCUUGCACGCUGCAGCCUUUCUGUUAGCUUUACUUCUUCUGGGAUGAGAGAAGAGGAAAAUUGUGGAUCAGAUACAAUACAAAUGUCUUGUUUGUGGCCUUUGAUUUUUCUGUAUGUGUUUCUAAUCAAAUUCUUAAAUGAGAGAUAAGACCUCUUUACUCUUGCCCUUGCUAUUGAGCUUUUCUGCCAUUUGUUUCAAUGCUAUCUACAAAAGCCAGGAAUUGCUUGUGGCCUGGUCAUAAGUGAAACAGAAUGAGGCAAAUAAGUUGACAAUAUCACAUCUGAUGGGUCAGUUUUCAAUUUUUUUAAAAAAAAACAAACACACUUAUGGACAGAAAGCUAGUAUGUGUGGUGGCUGAAUGGGUGGGGUGGGUGAAUUAGGUUUUUGCACUUGGCUAAGUUGUUUCUUUACUUCUUUAGAAAGUUACCUUCUGGAAUGCCUUCUAUUUCUUUCUCAUAAAUUUUGUGUCAUUUUGAGUUUGAUUUACAGGUUAAUGUUUUAAAUUGCUGAAAGUGUGUUGUGCUUUCUGCAUCACAUUGCUGUUUUAUUUUUGUUUGUUUGUUUGUUUUUUUUACCUCAAAUUGAAAUUAAUUGUGUUCUGUUGCUGGGUAGCUUUCUUGCCAAAUGUGUCUUAUUUACCGUUAAGGUCAGCUCCCUUCCCUGUUUGAAUCCCUGUGUGUUUCUGGUUCUGUCAGCUUUAAAAGAAAGAGACACUUUAAAGUUUAGACUUGUUUUUAAUCUUUGUAUGCCUUUUCCCCUGUGAAGUGAAUUUAAAUAAAUGAAUAUGCCACAUUC